AUGGUGAAGUACAUCAUAAAUGAAAAAUGGUACUCGGAAAAGAAAGAAGAUAGCAACAGUGAAGCAGAACGAAUAGUAACUGUGCAGCAAAGCUAAUAAAAGCUGAAAUCCGAGAAAGAAAAUAUGAUUCCAAAUCAUAUCCAACUAAUGAUGACAUUGCAAUUGUUAAACGAAGCAAGAACUGGAUACCGCUUUACCUACAAACACUCUUGACACAUAUUGUUCCUUCAGAACUAAAACAGAACAGCAUUGGACACUGCAUUCUUCAGGCUGCCCGACCAAGGUCAGUUAUAGCUCCCAUCCUGUUUGGCUUAGGUGUUGAGAUUGACCAUGUAUUUGGAAUGAAGUGGCUAAUAAAUGAGUUGUCACGGUUGGGUUUCUGUAUCAGUUACGAUGAAGUGAACAGGUAUAGGCAAUCUAUCAUUCACAGUGAAGGCCUUAAAAACCUUCUUGCAGAGUACUUUCCGGGCACCUUUACCGAAUGGGUGGCAGAUAAUGUUGACCAUAAUGUAGCCACACUAGAUGGCCAGGGAACAUUUCACGGAAUGGGAAUUAUUGCUGUGUCGAUCCUCUCCGAAAGAUGA